UCCACGAGUUAGGAGCUCAGUUAUAGGCAGGAAAACCAAGAACCAAACAGGACGAUGGGAAAACUCACUUUGUACGGGAUCGACGCCAGUCCUCCGGUUCGCUCGGUGCUCCUAACCCUCAACGCCCUGGGCCUGGAAUUCGAUUACAAGGUCGUGAACCUGAUGACCGGGGAGCACCUAAGGCCGGAAUACCUCAAGAUCAACCCUCUGCACACUGUUCCGACCCUGGAGGACGAUGGUUUCUACAUCAACGAUAGCAAUGCCAUCAACGCCUACCUGGUGAGCAAGUACGGCAAGGACGACUCCCUGUACCCCAAGGAUCUGCAGAAGCGGGCCAUCGUUGAUCAGCGCAUGCACUACAACUCCAGUGUUGUGUCCAGCACUGGUCGAGCCCUCUCCAUUCCGCUGAGGGCGGGUAAAUCCGAGAUCCCCAGGGCCAGCUUCGAUGCCCUGGAGCAGGUUUACAAAACACUGGACUUGUUCCUGGAGAGCAACGACUUUCUGGCCGGAAAUAACCUAACCAUCGCCGAUUUCCACAUAACCGCUGUACUGACCACAACUAUGCUCUUCCUUGAUGUGGACGCCACGAAGUACCCCAAGCUGGCGGGUUGGGUUCAGCGCAUCAAGGAGUUGCCCUACUACGAUGAGGCCAAUGGAUCCCGGCUGUCGCAGGUUGCCGCCUUCAUCAAUAGCAAGAAGUACACAAUUGUGUAACCUAAUUAAAGUUACUUUAUUUUCCCAAUAAAUUAAGUUAGUUAUCCAUUUUUAAA